GCACGUUCUUCCAUCUUGCAACACGAUCACAAAAACUUUCAAAAUGGCCCAAGAACGUACUUACAUCAUGGUCAAGCCCGACGGUGUUGAGCGGGGUCUCGUUGGUGAGAUUAUCAAGCGCUUCGAGAACCGCGGCUUCAAGCUUUUGGCCUUGAAGGCUCUCCAGCCUUCUCGCGAUCUCCUCGAGAAGCACUACGCUGACUUGAGCAGCAAGCCCUUCUUCCCCAAGCUUGUCGACUACAUGCUUUCUGGCCCUGUUGUCGGUAUGGUCUGGGCCGGUAAGGAGGUUGUGAAGACUGGCCGUGUCAUGUUGGGUGCCACCAACCCACUGGCGUCUGCCCCCGGUACCAUUCGUGGCGACUACGCCAUUGAUGUUGGAAAGAACAUUUGCCACGGUUCUGACGCUGUUGAGAGCGCUGAGAAGGAGAUUGCUUUGUGGUUCCCUGAGGGUGUCCUCAACUACGAGCGCUCUUUGGACAAGCUCAUUUACGAAUAGAUGUUGUCUUGUAGAAUAAUAAAUUCAUUUGUGUAAACUGUCGCAGCAAAUUGUCUUUGACGUUUUGAUCCA